AUGGCCAAUCAGUGCAGUGGUCAUGUUUUUGCUAUUGUGCAAGCUACCAACGGGAACAUUCUUACCUGGCGCUGCUCUGACUGUAACUCCGGGCCUUUUAUGGCUAUAUGGCGUUGCAAGGCCUGUGGUCACUGCCGCUGCCAUUCUUGCCACACCGCUAAAGCAUAA